AUGGAGACAUCGAAAAGUCAUUGGGACAAAACAGGAAUAACAUCAUCAGGAGAAUAUCAACAACAGAAGGACACUUUUGUAACAAUUUUAGAACACGACAAGGAACUCCUGAAUCUACCAUUUAAAAAGAAUAAAACGGAUUUUGAUGACUCUACUGAAAUUGUAUAUAGCAGUGAUGAAACUUUGGAAAUCAAGGAAGAAAUUAUCGAAUAUCAAGAGUCUGCGGGUCAAAAAUAUAACAAGGAAUAUGUUUCCAAACUUUGUAAUGCAGCUAUAACAGAAACUGAUAAUUUUUCUUUGAACAACGAAUUGCAGAGUCAAAAUAAGGAGAAAACUCAUAAAGAAAAACAGGAACUGGGAAAUAAGUUCAAAUGCAAAAAGUGUGCUCGCAGCUACAAGUGGAAAUGGAGUUUGAAUCAACAUCAAAAAUUGGAAUGCGGCGUCAGUCCAUGCUUCAAAUGUGAAUCAUGCGGCAAAAGUUUUAAACGGAAUAGUACCUUGAAGUCCCAUGUACAACGCGUGCAUCACGAGACAAACUCAAAGACAUCGCGAACAAGGCAUAAAUGCAACAUGUGUACUCGAAGUUACGCUUUGAUCUACAAUUUAAAUCAGCAUCAACGUUCACAUAAGUCAGAAGUCAAAAGACAAUUUAUUUGCGACUAUUGUGGCUAUAUAGCAAAAUGGAAAAGUCACUUGUCUUCGCACAUUACUACUUCUCACUUACAGACACCGAAAAUAAGGCUUAAUUGUAACAAAUGUUCACGAAGUUAUGUUUCGAUAAGCGGUUUAAAUCGGCAUACACGUUUAGAACACUCCUCAGUCAUACCAUAUUUCAUUUGCGACUAUUGUGAGUACAAAACGAAUCAGAAAUAUAGCUUGACAAAACACAUUACUUUACGCCACUCACAAACAUCGAAAUCAAAGCUUCAAUGCGACAAGUGUUCGCGAAGUUACACCACGCUAAACAGUUUAACUCGACAUAAAUGUUUAGAGCAUUCAUGAGUCAACCCGCAAUUAUUAUUUUACGACUAUUGUGUCUAUCAAACGAAUCAGGAAUAUUUCUUGUCAAUACUCAUGACUUUACGCCGUCUAUAAUAAUCAUAACAUGACAUCAUUUCAUUAAAUGCUUGUGUAUUUUAAGUUACUUUAAUUCAAAUCGUAAUGUUCGAUUUCAAAUUAUUAGUGUUCCGAAUGAGUAAAUUUACUGUCCUUCGAAGUCGAAAUAAAUUAAUUUUCUUAAAUUUUUUUCUGAUUUACUUGUGUAUUAGUGUGCUGCUACUUAAUCAUAAAAUAGACAAGUAUUUGCCGUUUUAAUGUCAUCAGUAAUAGUAUAUUGUGUUACGAGAGAGCAAUGGCCCCUUUGACAGCGAACGCGGCUGUCAAAGGGUUGCUGUGAUAUGCUGAGUCUUUCUUUUUUACUGGUUGAAGGUGUUCAUUAGGGUGGUCUAAAAAUGCAUGCCAAAAUUUUAUUCCAAAUCCGAAAAAAGAAAUUCCCUAAUUUUUUAUUUUUUUAUUAUACAGGUGCCAGUUUUGACAUAAGUUUCUCAUGUAAAAUGCAUGGGGAAAAAUUUCUUUUUGGAGUUUUUAGAAUAAUUUUUUAGGGUUUGAAAAAAUGUGAUGGGAAAGUAUG